CGACAGGCGGCGCAGUUUGUUGACGGCAGCUCAGCACCAAUGUGAAACCUGUCAGGACGAUGGCACCUGCCGAGCUCUCCAGCUGUAAUAAAUUAAUCUGUGAUAACAUCUGAGCGGGAUCCUGCACUGUUCAUCUCAGACCAGUUUGAGUCCACUUCAGCAGAAACAUGGCAACCCAGCCAACCCUGCCAUCCACCUUGAGAGAGUUCUGCCCACUCUACUACCUGCUGAAUGCCAUUCCAGCCAAGGUCCAGCGUGGGUUCAGGUCUGUCCUGGUCUACCUGACAGCUCUGGACAGCAGCAGUGACUUCGUGGCGGUGGGCAGCAGUAUCGGCAUGCUCUACCUGUACUGUCGCCGCCUCGCACACAUGAACAAGUACAGUCUGGAGGGAAAGUGCGAUGCGAUCACGGCCGUGAAGCUGCUCAGCUGUUUUGAUGAUCUGGUUGCCGUAGGAACAGCUUCAGGUCGGGUUGCCGUCUUCCAGCUGGUGUCUCCGCUUCCUGGUCGCAACAAACAGUUGAGGCGUUUCGACGUGGUCGGGCUUCAUAAAGGUUCGGUGACGUCUCUGGCCUGGAGCACCAACGGGAUGAAACUUUUUUCUGGAGACGAUAAAGGACGAGUCGUCUUCUCUGCUCUGGACCUGGACCAGGGGGUGUGUAAACCUGUGCUGCUCCUGGAGGAGUCCUCAGGUGUGGUUCAGAUGGAGUACAGUCACCAGGUGCUGCUGGUGUCAACGCAGCAGAGAUCUCUGCUUUACUGCACACAAACCCAGGAAGUCCAGCAGGUGGGCACCAAGCCCCGCAAGAGCAGUGGCAGGUUCGGAGCCUGCUUCCUGCCGGCUCUCUGCAAACAGAGCGAUCUUCAGGUGUUUGCUGCUCGACCUGGACUCAGACUGUGGAGGUCUGACAUCAGUGGACAGGUGGAGGACACCCGACUGCUCAAACCAGUCUUCAACACACAGAUUCCUCAGUUUGAGUUGUUUCCUCGUCCUGGCCCGGUCGGCGCAUAUCGUCCAGCAGACAGACAGCUGGGUCUGCUCAGCUGUUUCCUCAGAGAGGGCUGGAUCCUCAGCUGGAACGAGUACAGCAUCUAUGUCAUUGACUGUCUCAGUGAGGUGAUAAUCGGAGCAUUGGACAGCUGUGGAGACAUAGUGUCAGUGUCGUGUUGUGACAACGAGAUCUUCAUCCUGAAAGGAGACAGAGAUAUCAUCCGCCUGUCCAACAGCCCAGAGGGACUAGCCUCCAACUUGUCGGAGCUCUCCAUCCGUUUGUCCUCACCUUUGACCACGCCUACCAUCCUCCCACCAACUGGAUCAGUGGAAACCGCUCAGCCAAUCAGAACCAUGGCCAUCAUCAUAGAGGGUGGGGGGAUGGAGGAGGGAGGAGGAGGAGCAGGGAAGACACUCGGCGAGGAGGGAGCGAAAGAGGAAGACGAGGAGGCGGAGGAAGCGGAGGAACAGGAGGAGCAGCUGGAGCAGCUGGAGCAGCUGGAGGUGAUGGAGCAGCUCUGCCAGCGGUCCAGUUUGCUCACCAGCAGCUCCCGUAGUCGCAGCAGUUCGGUCACUUCCUGGGACAGUCUCCAGGGAAGUGGCCCAGUGGCCACAUCCUGUGAGCUCAGUUCCAGGCGCUAUAGUGCCCCCUUGGGUCAGGAGGAGAUGCAACAGGAGCUGGUGGUGAAAGCCAUCAGAGUGAAGAAGAAGAAGAGGAGACGGCAAGACAGCAGCAGUGGGAACCGUCUCUCUGAGAGCUGCUGCUCAGACUCCAUGUUUGUAGUCCAGGAUGGCAGCUGCAGCGAUGGAGGAAGUGGAACUCCUCUGAGCGACCGAACCUCCCUCGUGGAUCUUCAGAACCAGGACUCCCCAGAACAGAACCUGGACCAGGACUCACAGGAAGAGGGUGGGGGAGGUUCAGACAGAGGCAUGAAGGAUGGAGAGUGGAUGGAGUCUGGCUCCCUCCUCCCACCAGGAUCCUUGCUCCUCAAGGAUCUGCAGAACCAGCUGGUCCCAGGAAAGGCCUCUGAUCUUGGCACAGAAGCCGAGGUCAUCCCUCCGACCCCAGAUGUGGAUCUGCUGCUGGAGUGCUCCUUCUCAUACAUGCACAACACUGAGGAAGAGGAUGGACAGGAGCAGCUGCCAAUGGAGGAGCAAGAGGAUGAGUUUCUGAGUCCCCUGAUUGGACCAGAGGAGGAGGAGGAGGAGGAGGAUGACCUGGUGCCCCCUGCUGGUGUGGCAGAACAGAUGUUUUACUCCACUGUAUCCACUCUGGACAGAGAGCCGAGUAUGUCCAGCGAUGAAGAUGGAGACAUCUACUGUCACACUCUGCCUGCUGCUGGCAGUGGAGGAGACAUCCACACCUGUCCGUCCAGUCAGACAGAGAAGUCAACAGACAGACAGACGGACCAGGAUGCUCUGGACAGAGACAGGAACAAACCUGACCAGUUGGCAGAAAGCUGGAUGGGAUACUCAGGACCAGGAUGUGGAAUACUGAGCCUCCAGGUGACUGACAGGUAUGUGUGGUGUCUGGACUUUAAAGGAGGAUUGUUCUGCAGUGCUCUGCCUGAAACUGGACUCAGCUGGCAGCGCUUUGAAGACAGUGUCCACCAGGUGGCGUUAUCACCCUCAGGUAAUCUGCUGUGGAAGGUGGAGCAGAGGAGCAUGACAGCAUUUGCCUGUGCUAAAGUGUCCGUUAAAGGAAAACGUCACUGGUACAAAGCUGUGGAGCAAACGGCCUUCGUCGCCCUGAGUGACGACUCUGCCUGGAUCAUCAAGACCAACGGUGACCUCUACCUGCAGACAGGUCUGAGUGUGGAGCGUCCCUGUGCUCGCUCAGUGAAGGUGGACUCCCCCUGUGUGUUCAGCCAGGUGUGUGUGAGAGGAGGCGUGGUCUGGGCUCUCAGUGAGCACAAGGCUUUAUUCUACAGAGAAGGACUGAACAGCUACUGCAGCGAAGGGGAGGGCUGGAAGUACGACACCGUCAGCGAGGCUCAGGGUCUGGAGUUGAUGUGUGUUGCUCUGGGAGACGGAGGGACGGCCUGGGCGCUGGAUGCCAGCGGCAGCCUGUGGUUUAGGACCGGGAUCUGUCCGUCCAGACCGCAGGGAGAGGACGACCACUGGUGGCAGAUCAAUAUUUCGGACUACGUGGUCUUUGAUCAGGGCAGUCUGUUCCAGACGCUGCUUCAGGCCACGCAUAGCGUUGCCACGGUAACCAGAGCACCAGUGGAGCGAGUGGUGGCCUUCCUGUCCCAGUACUCCCAGUGCCAGCCGAGUCUCGUCAGCGCUAACGCCAACGGGGUCUGGGUCGCGUCCGGACGGAACCAGCUGCACUUGGCCCGAGGCAGCCUCGUGGGAACUUUCUGGCAGAACGUCGUUCCAAGAGGAACCGUCUCAGCCACCAGGUGGACCUUCAUCACAUCCUCAGCUGUGCCUCACAGAGAAGGUACAUUCCUGUGGUUGGCUCAGAGCAGGAAGGAUCUGUUCUGUGUUUGGGAUCAGGAUGGAGAGCUCCGCCCCUCCUCUGUCCCUUUACCACCUGAGGUGGAGCUGACUCACCUGUCUGCCUGUCGUGAUGCUCUGUGGGGUUUGGACACUCAUGGCCGAGUCAGUAUUCGUACGCUGUCUCCGUCCUGUCCGACCGGACUGCACUGGACCGCCCUGGACCUCAGCCAGCUCGGAAGUGUUCGUCUGGUCAGUGUGAGCUGCGGCAGUCAGAACGUUUGGGCCGUCGACAGUCGAGGAGUCGUUUACUUCAGGGUCGGAACUCAACCGCUGAACCCGAGCAUGAUGCUACCGGCCUGGAUCCACAUCGAACCACCUGUACAGGUAACACACACUGGCUCCACAUCGAACUGGCUUACAGGUGUGUGUGUCACCCAUCCCGGUAACUGUUGCAUCAUGUCUCUGCAGCCAAUAGGAGUGCAGCUGGUCAGUAUUCAGACGAGUCCUAACGAUCGUCUCCUCUGGGCUCUGGACAACAGAGGAACCGUCUUUGUCAGAACCGGACUCAGUGAUGAGAUGCCUGUAGGGACGGACUGGGAGCUGGUACCAGGACUGGCAGUGAGUCAGCUGGUCCUCAGCUGUCGGACCGUUUGGGUUCGGUGUGUUAACGGAGAUUUGGCUCGACGUUACGGCAUCUCUGACCGAAACCCUGCGGGGGAUUAUUGGAAGAAGAUCCCCGGAAACGCCAACUGGUUAACUGUGACUCCAGAGGAUGAGUUGUGGGCAGUGACUCUGAUUGGUGGAUUGUCCCGUCGCCUGACAAAGCUCCUCCCACAGACUUGCUGUAAACCCACCUCCUUAGGCCCCGCCCUCAGUGGGGACGACAUUGAUGAAGAAUGGGAGCUCAUCUGACCUGUGACAUCACUGUGAUGUCACCUCUGGCUGGUUGGUCGGUGGGACGAUGUGAUGUCACAAUGACAUCAGUUCCUAUGACUUUAAAGUUUAAACAAGAUGGCUGCCACACAGAGACCAGGUGGCUGCUGGGAAAUGAAGUGAACUGAGUUUUAGUCUUUUAUUUUAACAGGAAGCACUUUAAUCUCCGGGGGGCGGGGCUUUUCAGUCUGGAUAUUCUGAGCAUGAGGACAUUAAAGGGACAUUUCACUACAACAUUUCACUCCACUUCAGUAUGGUUAGACUGGUCCUUACUGGUUCACAUUGGUUUAUUUCAGUUGUGGUUAUAUUGUGUGUGAGGCCAUUAAAAGUGUGUGUUGGGGGGGGGGGGGCUUAGUUUUAAUCUGGUUUCAUGCUUUUAUCGACUGCAGCUUCUGCUUUGAUUUUUCUCUCACAUCUUUGAUCUGAGGACUUUCUGUCCGCUCAGCAGAGAUCAGUCUGGUUUAAACUGGUUUCCACACUGAUCCUCUGGCUCUGUUACUGGGCCCAAACUGGAUCAGACUGGAUCAUCAGACUCAGAGGGACAACAUGCUGAAGAAAUGUGUUGCCUUACGUUACUGCUGUCUGAUUGAAGUUGCUGUUUUUCCUCCAGUGGGUAAUGUUGCCCACCUGUCUGUUCAUCUCGGUUUCCAUGGUAACAGCAGGAGUCCCACUCACUAGGACUGAUUCAUUAAAACAUGUAAAAAUGUAAAUGUAAUAAAUGUUUGUCUGUUGAACUAGGAAAAGUUUGAACGUUCGCCUGAAGGAAGAUCCAGAAUAAAACCUGGACUCUGAUGGAUGGUUGUGGACCCUGGAUGAGUCCCUCUUUUCCCACAGCAUUGCCAUGGAAACCUGAGCAGGUGUGAUUAUGUUGUGAUGUCAUCCUUCUAUCCGCUGAUUGGCUUGAUGUUCUGCAGCUGACCAAUAAGAAUUCAGUGUGACCUCACCUGUUGUGCGAAGUCAUUCAUUAGCUUAAUAAACAUGUUUAAA